UUAAUUUAAAAUUACUCUCCAACACUGUGAAAUAUUUUCCCCCACCCACACUGAAAAUAAGAUCUUAAAUUUUCUUGGGGGAGGGGGUUGUAUGCUUUCUGUGUCGACAGAUUCUAACCGUUAGCACGUGAAGCGUGUCAAAACAGAAGAUUGCAUUUCUACAGAUGAAGGAGACACAAGAAUCAAAGGUAUGGAGGAAAAACAAUGGUUUUUUUGCGGAGCUAAAGUUGGUGGUGAAUAUAAUGUUGGACAUGUACCAUCUCAAAUCAGCUAUAACGGUGUGUUUAUUAUCCUGAACAAUGUCAGACGCUUGUGGUGGCUGAAUUGGUGAUAUUGAGUUGGAUUUGAAAUUGCAUGUUCUUAUUAUGUGAACUCGUGUCCUCCUGGCAGACCUUGGUAAAGCUGCAUAUAGGAAAGAGAAUGGGCUGGGUGCUCCUCCGGGGCCUUCGAUCUUCAUCAUCUUUGAUAUAUCAUGUGAAAACUGCAAAUGAGCAGCCUUCAUCCAACAGCGAUUCCUGCAAUGUUGAUGGCAGAAGGCAAGCUACAGGAACUGGUGAUACCAUUCCUUCAGCUGCACAAAUGUCAUCAGGAACCCAAGCUGCUUGUUCAGGUGUUACUGCAGGACAUGUUUCUAUGGAUAACAUUGUUAGGAUGGGUCGGCUGUGCAAUAAGGGAUCCCAAAUUAUGUCAGAGACAUCCUAUACUCCUCAAGAUGUGGUAAAUUCAGUAAGCUCAUCCCAGUACUGUUGUAAACCUUCAUGCGAUUCUUCUCCCUUUCCACCAGUAAUGCACCAAGGUCUGCAAUGUUCACAUCCUUCUUAAGUGCCUGAGACAAUGCACGAUUCUCAUGUUAGUGCAAGCUUUCAUGAUGAAUUGCCUGUGUUUGAUCAGCAAACAGCUGCUGGUGGGUCAUAUACCUUUAACGUGUCUAAUGCCUCCAGCACUGAGAUGUUUUCUAAUUCAAUGUUGCUUAUAUGAAGAUGGAACUAAUUUGACUGAAGACCUCCAAUUGGAGGAGGUCCAAGUAUCAGAGAGUAAUGCCGCUAACAAGAAUCCAGUUUCUUAUUGUGCUGAAUCUGCUUUUCCAUGUAGAAGACAGGAAAAUGUGAAUAGUGCUGUAGGUGAUUCUUGUUGGGGUGAUGGUUUACUGAGGGAUACAAGUUAUGAUUCUCAAAGACGCAUGAAUGAUCGUUGGGAAGGAACUGGUAGAGGCGUCCAGUUACCUUUCCCAAAUGUUGCUGCACCUUUGAACAAUGAAGUAUCGUCAGCUGCUGCGGACUUGCAGCUGCUAAGUUCGGGGAAGGAGGAUUAUCUGAGGAUAAUCAUGUAGUGUUGUUUCCUGUGUAUAUGCAACUCUUAGAUGCUGACUUCUCACAUUUGAGUUUCAGUACAUGCAAAUCUGGGACUUAAAAUGCAGUUUCUGCACUGCUAGCACUGACUUCCGCAAAGAGUAACUUGGAAAAGGCUUCUGCAGCAACAAAUGGUCCAUCCCCUCCAUGCAAGGAGAUUAGAAAUUCCGAGCUUCUUGGUGAGUUCCUUCAAGAUUAGCAGCUUGGAUCCAUGUCAGAUACACAUCGAUUAACUGGAGGUGUUGGGAUUCAUAAGUUUUUAUUUUCACCACCAGAGUUAAUGAGAGAAAGCAUUCAUGAAGUACCCCAUGGGCACGAAUACACCCAUCCAACAUCCAUACCUGAUUCUGAUUCUAAGAACACCCAAGAACUGGGUUUUCCCUUGGGUGUUAGGAGAUACAUUCAAAGGCUAAGAACCUUUCUUCUCUUCAUAUGGAUUUUUCCUUUUCUAUUCACAGUUUCAUUGCUUGCUCUUGGAACCAAUCUUGCACCUCAUGCUAACAAUGAAGAUGAAAUUUAUGAUGCCUGUAUAUUAUAUGUGGAGAUUUAUUGUUGUUUUUUUUUUUAUGGUUUACUUCUAUUUCAUAGUACUCUUUGAUUUCAAAUGGUUAAAGAAUAGUGAUGCCCCUGUGGUUGUAAUUUUUUUCUUGCAGUUCAAAUUUUUCUAUCAUCAGCUGUUAGACAAUGUGGUUUAUGGAGACAUCAUUAUCCAUCUUCAUCUUUUGCUAUUCUAGAUGCUGGCUGUUAAUUUACUUUUACUGAACCUUGAAUUGCUGUAUUUUAGGAAACAUGGAGUGUUAGACCCUAAAGGUGGACAUCCUGUUGCAGCAAGCAAGUUCAACAAGGACACCGAUGGAUUUUGUUGGCAUUAACUAUUCAAUCUUCAAGAUACUCUGAGUAUGCCAAGUCCUCUUUCAUUGGAACCCUAUCAAGGUCAAGUUUUGGUAGUACAGUAUCAUCAGCUAGCAAUCCAGCCAUCUCCCAGUCAGAGGUUCUGAGUCGGGGUGUUUUUUCUCUAUCCAUGUGAUGUUCACCAACACUGCCUGGUGUCACUCUUGCCCCACAACCUGCACUUUCCCAGCAUCUUUCGGCAAAUUUGUCGUCUCAACCUGCUGUUUCCUUGGAAAACCUGACCAAUUUGACUGGCUAUCCUGCUAUGGCUCAGAACCAUGCUCGUUAUACAUCUGCUUUUCGUCAAGCAUAUCAAGAUAACAUCGUGUUCCAUCAUUCCUUGUCAAGCAUGGGCUACAGCCACCCACAAUACAAAACAGAUGCUUCCAGGAGAAAUUUGCCCUUGUCUGAUGUGAACAUUUCUGGUUAUGGAGGUUUUGGGAGCACUGCCAACUUUCCUGGAACCAUUUUGCAAGCUGCUGCCCCCACUGGUUCUGCAGGUGGCCAUGAUAUUUUGCUUUCUCAGCAUCAAGAGAAAUGAUUUCACCAUUCAUCAGAAUGAUGGCUCUUCAAGAAUGAUGUUCACUCUCCCAGACAACGGAUAUUUCAGUUUGCCAGGACAGAGUCAACUGUUUUCUGGACAUCCAAAAGGUCAGCAGCAGCAGCAGCUGUCACAGGAUUGAUUAUAGGUCCUUAUCGCACACAAAUAAUUAUAAACAAGGUCAGCAGCUCUCACAGGAUUAUGGUGCUCUAUUUCAUUCAAAUGCUUAUCAUCUCAAGCCGGAAUUCCAUCAGAACCACACCAAAGCCUUAGUGAUCUUAGUUUUAGUGGUUCUAGAGGGCCAGUACCCAAGCGAUAACAACGCUGGCAGCAGAGCUACUAAUGGUUAUAGGUUAUCAUAUAAUUAAUUACCCCACUUUGUCUGAACAGCUGCUGAUGGGUUUCUGUAGCUCUUCUUUUCAGCGAGUGAAAAAGUGGCAAAUUAGGUUUGUUUUGCAGUAAAAAGUUAGUUGAUUUUGAGGGCCCGGAUCCGUCCAAUGUGUACAUGCUUCAACUAGCUUUGUCCAAUGCCGCCAUAUCGUAUUUUACCUAAUUUACUGGGGCAUAUGUCUGACUUUUGAGAUGUGGCUUGCUAAUGCGAAUCCCCUCAAUACGAAAGUCAAGAGAAAUUAUUUAGCCUUUUACCAAACAUGCUGGCACCGUUUUUUUAAUGGGGUUUCUUACUAAUGGUUCCCUUGAAACUGACAUGGAAAUCUUCGGGUGGGUAUCUUAUGGUUAAUCUAUGACUUCCUGAAUGAUUUCACGUCAGCUUGAUGUUUAUGUGAGAAACGGACAUUUGCCCGGGCAAAUGUCGUGAAGGCAAUGCCAGUUGGGAGGUAGGCAGGGUGAAGAACGCAUAUAAAGUAUAAACUACUUAAUUACAAGGUUGGUGCCACUUAACCUUGUCCUAAUUCUGAUCAUUCUUUUGGCUUCAUGCAAUAAAUUUAUUCGCGCAAAAUCGGCUACUUAAACCCAGACACCGAGCACAGUUGUGUAUUCUUUUGUUUAUGAAUACUGAAAGAAUUAUGGAACGAAACCAAGAAUCGGAGAAGGGUCAUGAACACAGACCGAACAUGGAGGCCAUCCUUAUGGCUUCAAAGUUGCCGAAGGCAGUGCCGCCUAUUUCUUCGGCACGCGGGGGUGAAACUAUCAGGCGUCCUCGUGGAAGACCAGCUGGCUCCAAAAAUAAGCCAAAACCUCCUAUUAUUGUUACUCGAGAUAGUGCUAACGCACUCCGAGCCCAUGCAAUGGAGGUGAGCUCCGGAUGUGAUGUGUGUGAGAGUUUAGCAAACUUUGCAAGAAGGAAGCAGCGUGGAAUAUCAGUGCUUAGUGGGAGCGGUUGUGUAACCAAUGUGACCCUAAGACAACCAGCCUCGUCGGGGGCCAUCGUGACCCUUCAUGGGCGGUUUGAGAUACUCUCACUACUUGGAUCUGUCCUGCCCCCACCUGCUCCACAGGGGAUCACGGGACUGACCAUCUACCUGGCAGGGGCUCAAGGGCAGGUUGUGGGUGGAGGUGUGGUGGGUGCCCUCAUUGCUUCAGGGCCUGUUGUGAUCAUGGCUGCAUCUUUCAUGAACGCGUCUUUUGAUCGUUUGCCGUUGGAUGAGGAUGGAAUCACUGCUGCUGUGCAGAAUCAGCAUUACGAAAACGGUCCUCGUCACCACCUCGAUAUCCCGAAUUUGUACGGAAUGCCGCAGAAAUUGCUCACCAAUGGUGCCGUGACCCCCGAGAUUUACUCUUGGGCACCAGGGCGAACCACGUCAAAAUCCUAAUUAGCAGCAAGUCUUCUAGCCCCUCAUAUUAGCAAAUCCUAAUAUUCUUCGAUGUUGUGUCAUUUCACUAAUGUGUUCAGGCUUCCUUGUAAAAGCACUUCUCUGUUCUGCUUGGCAUGAACUCUUAUUUUUCCAUCAGUCUAGAGUUACUU